CGGGAGUCCGACAAGCCGUACGAUUACUACGACUCGUCUUCCAGUACAUUAACGACCCCACAGCUAUGCGUAUAAACCGUGGGUCACUGAACAAGGCCAGCCCGAAACGAAAGGUCAAGAGGGAUCCAGACGAGUCGGGCGAUGACGAAGAUGACGAGGAUUUCGAUAUCAAGCCCAAGGUCAAGAAAUCCGAAUCGGACAACGAAUCAGAAGUAGAGGAGGAUGUCAAGCCCCAGAAGACGAAAGCCAAACGGGAGCCUUCUGACGAUGAGGAGGACGUAAAGCCGAAGAAGAAGACGAAACGAGAGCCUUCCCCUGAAGACGAGGAUGAAGCGGAACACCAAGCAGAGCCAGCAGCUUCAAGGAAAGCCGCUGCUGGACAGAGCGGGGAUGAACUCGUUGAUGAAGAUGGUCGACCGUAUUUCUUGGUCUCGGACAAGAAACGGGUCACGUUGAGCGAGUUCAAGGGGAAGCAGUAUGUCAAUAUCCGCGAGUAUUACACGGAUAAAGCGGAUGGCAAGGACAAACCCGGGAAGAAGGGAAUCACCCUCGACCUCGAUCAGUGGAAGGUGUUCAAGAGCAAGAUGAGCACGGUCGAUGAUUGGAUCGCAGCGAGCGGAUCUGGGUCUGGGAAGGGCAAGGGCAAAGGGAGGAAGAAGUAGAAUUACAGUCAGCAAAAGGCGGAGCGGGGGUUUAAAUGUAUCGUUUCGUUUCGUUACUGUAUCGUUGUCAACGGAAUCCUGAUUCGGGGCUAUAUCAUAUCAUAUACCAUAUACCCA